GUCUGCCGUGCUGGGCUGUCAGAGCCAACCUGCUCUCUCCAGGAGGUGAUGGGGAUCCCCUCAUUCCUAGCCCUCCCUGCUGCCAGGAGUGACCGAGCUGACUGCACAUCCUGCCAUCCUUUGGGCCACAUGCUACUGUGGACGGCUCUGCUAUUCCUGGCAGGUCUCCCGAAGGCUGUGGUGAACAUUCAGCCUGCGUGGAUCAAUGUGCUCAAGGAGGAUGACGUGACGCUGAUGUGUCAGGGGACCAACUUGUAUGAAGGCAACCUCACCCUGUGGUUCCAUAAUGGGAGCUCCAUCCAGAGCCAGAACCAGCCCAGCUAUAGCUUUAAGGCCAGCAGCAAUGACAGCGGAGACUACAGGUGUCAGAGAGAGCAGACCAGCCUCAGCGACCCUGUGCAUCUGGAUGUGAUUUCCGACUGGCUGCUGCUCCAGACCCCUAGCCUCGUGUUCCAGGAAGGGGAGCCCAUCGUGCUGAGGUGCCACAGCUGGAAAAACAGCCCUCUGAAUAAGGUCGUAUUCUUCCAGAAUGGAAAAUCCAAGACGUUUUCCUAUCUGCGUUCCAACUUCUCUAUCCCACAAGCAAACCUCAGUCACAGUGGCGAGUACCACUGCACGGGAUUUAUCGGGCGGGCACUGGUCUCAUCACAGCCUGUGACCAUCACUGUCCAAGGUCCGGCAAUUCUAUUCAUCGUUCCACCUUGGUAUCAAAUCACUUUCUGCCUGGUGAUGGGGAUCCUUUUUGCAGUGGAUACAGAGCUGUAUUUUUCUGUGCAGAGAGACCUUCAAAGCUCAGUGGGAGACUGGAAGAACUGCAAAGUCAGAUGGAGCCAAGGCCCUCAGGAUAAAUGACCCCUCAUCCCACGGUGUAACAGCAGUGGCAGCAGCAUCUCUUCAGGCCAUAACUUUCCUCUUCCCCUGGCCCCACCUUGACAGCAACGUGGGCUCAGGAGCUUCCAGGGAAAGAAAAGGCCUGUGAUCUCCAGAGCUAAAAUCCUAAUAGGCCCUACCGUCACUGAUUUCCCUAAGGCCAAGGCACAGUCACAGCCCACCCAGCUCUACAAGGACUCAGAGCAAAUGUGUUUCACAGAUCCUUGACAGAGGUUCCUCAAAUGUAUGAAACCUCAGGAAAUCCUGCUUCUACUUUCAAAAUAAAUCCAACAAUCUGAACACUUCUCAGUACUCUACUACUAGCAUCUUGGUCCAUGCCACCAUCCUCUCACUUGAAUUACUGCAGCAGCCUCCUGACUGCUCUCCCUGCACCCACCCAUGACACCCGACAGUCCAUUCUCACCAUAACAGCCAAUGUGUGUUGUAUCUGUCACUUCUUUUCUUGAAGCCAUGCAAUCGCUUCCC